AUGUUUGUCGGCGGCGGCCCCGCGCUGACGCCCGCGCGCCAGUACGGAAAGAACAAGCAGAGACCGCGCGAGACACCACAGACAGCGCACACAAUGCCUCGCACGCAGCAGCCACACCCUCCCUCUCCCUUCUCGUCCUCGCCCCCGUCUCGCCCCCACCCCCACCCCCCUCCUCCCUCUUCUCGCGUAUCUACAGAUGUCCUCACUGUCAUGCUAGCUCAACGCCUCAACGAAUUGGCCACCGCAAAUGCCGAAGGCUUGCUCGAGUCAGUUUCCAUCCUCGCGUCCCACCAGAUUCUCCCUCACGCAGCCUCUUUCAGUGACGAUGAAUAUCGUCUCCUCCGUCAGAGUCUCUUCGAGCGACUCUCCGCCAAUGCCCCCCUUCCCACGGAGACACCUGUCGUGCCCAUCGCUGGGCCUAGUCGUGUCGACUCGCACAGCCAAACCCACACCUCUUCCACACAACGCACCACCCCAUCUCGGCCGCCUUCGAUCCAAUCGAAGAGAUCCAUCUCAUCCAAUCUCUCUAGUAUGCUACGACGAGCUACUAGCAGACGCUCCUCCUCCACUUCCCGCGACCGUGAUCAAAGCGACACGAAUAGCAUGUUCUCCAUUGGCUCCAUGUCUUCCGGUAUGAUCCAGCGUCGGCUCUUUACCCGCCCUCUUCACAAGCAAACAAGCGAACUAUCCCUCCGGACAGACAGUUCUCCGUUUGACAGCGCUUCCAUAUCUUCUCACGUUAAAUCUGCUCGCGGCGGAACCGCGACAGAACCCACUACCCCUUCCUCUCCCAGUCUCUCUCGCACAACCACGCGGAGUGCCAGACGACUGCCGAAGGCCGCUCCGCCUUCUUCUUUCCAUGGGCGCGUCGUUGGCCUUGACCCUCCGAACGUUCGUUUAAGCGGGCUUGACAUCACUACUGAUUCCGAGCAGUUGAAGACGGCUAGAGACAUUCGGCAUGAGAUUGAGUCUGUCGAAGCAGAGGGCCGAAGAUUGCUGGACGCGUUCAACGGCCUGGAACUGAGCACUUUGACUCGGCGACAGCAUCGACCAGGCCCUCUGAUGCCUAACGCUUCUUCGUCACAUCUCGCUGUCCCAGGUACCCACCCGUCCGACCUCCAGGAUCCUCUGGAUUUCUCGUGGACCUUGAUACCCGACCGCAGAUCACGGUUCAGGAAAGACAGUGAUAGCACCUCGGUGCGAUCCAGUGGAUCCAACGGCACUAGCUUGUCUGAUUAUCGCUCGCCCACGCGUUCACGGCCAAAGGGCGGCUCCCCCCUUGUUGCGCAGCCCGUCUCCCUCGGUCGAAAAUCCUCUUUCGCGUCCGUCUCCUCGCGCGGACGGAGUGCAUCGACCUCGGUGCCCGCCCUCCCUUCGUCGUCGACGUCCGUAAUAGGGCGACUUGGCAGUGCUAGCUCAUCGAGCCUCAACCUGUCGCGGAGCGCGUCGCACUUGCCAUUGGCGACUGUUGCAGAGGGCGAUGGUCGAGAGUCGGUAGAUGGCCAUCGAGCUUGGCCAGGGCUGUCUACACCAGCAGGACACGCCAAGUCCGCCUCAGUGACGCCGAGAUCGGCAACGAGCGCUGCAGGGGAUGAUGCAGAGCUUGCGGCUCUGGAGGUAGAGAUGGUGGACAUUCGUAGACGGCGGACAGAAGUGGUUGGGCGCUAUGAGGAGCGGUUGGAAUAUCUGCGGGCCAAGCUCAAGGGCGCGGAGCUGCAUGAGAAGCUGCUCCGGCAGUAGAUAUUCAUAUAUCUCUUUCUACGAAGGAAUGUAACUUAGGUAUACCCAUCACUACUUAAUAACUGUUCUAAGAACAU